AAACAUUUUCAUUCGAAUUUAAAUUCACAGAAAAAUAAAAACUCCUUAAUAUUAUCUUUUCGAAUAUCGUCCAAUGUCUUUGAUGAUAUCAACAUUAAGCAAUGGAAUUAAAUUUCUUAAGGUUUCCCGGUCAGCUCAGAACUUAGGACUUUUAACUGUAGUUCAACAAACUCCUGAUAUCCAUCAACAUAGACAUAUUAAUAAGCAUUUUAAUCCCAAAUGGAAGAAAAUGAGAAGAGAAAAAGUUGUUAAAGUUGAAUUACCAAACAUAAAUGAGAAGUUUGGUGAUCUUACUCCCGAUGAGCAAAGAUCCAGAAUGAAGGAAAGAGGCGUUGCACCUCCAAGACCUUACAUGGAAAGGCCCUUCUAUAUAAGUUGCACAGGAGGUACAUUUGAACCUUAUGUUCCACCAGAAGGUGAUGGAAAAGUAUCGUCUGUGAAAGGAGUUGCAAAAGCAAAAUUCGAAUUUCUCGAAAAAAAAGGAAAGUCAAUGAUGGCAGUAAGAAAAAUUCGAGGCUUUGAGGAAGAAUUUGAGCCCCCAGAAUUCGCUUUGAAAGCACAAGAAAUUUAUAUUAAAGCACAUGAAGCGAUGAUGAAUAAAGACAAGUAUGAGUUACGCAAAUAUGUCACCGAACGUGCUUAUCCUGAAAUGCGUCACAACGUCGCAAACAAAACUAUAAGAUGGAAGUUUCUGAAGUCAUUAGAACAACCAUAUGUCAUUCAUGCUCGUUGUACUGACGUGAUUAGCAAGGAAAACGUUUAUGGUCAAGUCACUGUACGUUUUCAUACGCAGCAAUGCCUCGCCAUUUAUGAUCGAUUUGGUCGUCUCAUGCACGGAAGUGAGAUUUUAGCUAAAGAUGUUCUUGAGUAUGUUGUAUUUGAAAAACAUUUAUCAAAUUAUCAUGGUGUGUGGAGGAUUCACGAUAAAAUCAUUCCUGAUUGGGCACCACCGAUAGAACCAUCGAAUAAAACUUACAUUGAUGUGAUUGAGGAGCCCGAACCACUUGAACUUAUGGCUGAAGAGAAACCCAGUGAGAAUAUCGACGUUUCAGUAAAAUAA